AUGCCAGAAAACGACGACAAACUCGUUGUGACCGUAAUCACGGACAACGCAGAUGUUCCGAGCUCUAGUGCUCCGAAUAUAAAAGCACGCAGGGGAAAAGUACCUACACCUUCCGUUACGUUCGCGACACCAGGACUCGAAAGUUCUCCGGUGGAGAUCCCGCAAGCGACUGAGACACAAGAGUCAGUCUCUUCCACCGAGAUAUCCAUCGAAAAGGUCGUGGAGCAGGUCAACGAGUGCAGGAUCAAGAACGCGACCAAAUUAAGAAUACCCGCACCGGCCGUGAAAUUGGAACAAAUAUCUUCCAAUAGCGACGAGUGGGAGGUACGCCUCAUUUCUGAAGCUCGAGGCGUACCGACGUUUGGUGCCGAGACCAAGAUUUUGAGACAGCCUGAUGAGUUACCUGUGGCAAAGGUGUGGCCCCCGGGGACCUCGGAGAACAACUACCGCGCAGAGAUUGUCCUGGACACACACCCUCACGCGUUCUACGAGUUCAUCGCCACUGUCUGA